AUGGGAGGUCAUGGAGGAUUAAAUAUUUUACCUCAAAAAAAAUGGAAUGUUUACAGGAAUGAUGUACAAUAUAAAGUUAAUUAUGAUGAAAAUAAGCUUAUAAAAGAAAAAGGAGAAAUAGAAAGAAAAAAGAAUGAACAUUUAUUUGAAAACUAUAUAAAUGAAUUAAAAAACAAUAUAAAUAAUAAUGAAGGUAAAAUUGAAUACAAUGAACACAUAAACCUAUUUAUUGAAGAAGAAAAAGAAAUAAAUAGAAGAAAAAAAUUGCAUGAAGAAUAUUUAAUAAAAAAUGGUCACUAUAUUUAUAAUGAUAACAAAUUUAAUGGAAUAAAUUGCAUAUAUGAUAAAACAAAUAAUACAAAAAUCAUUUCAGACUUUGACAAGAUAAAAAUUAGUCAAAAUCAAUGGUUCUUAAAUAGACAGAAAAAUGUAUUUUUAAAAAAUGAUGGAAUAGAGUUAGAUAAUAAAAACAAUACUACACUUAAUAAAUGUUAUAGUGGAGUAAAAGAAAAAUUCUUACAAAAGAAAACCUUUUGUGAAAAUGAAGUUCGAGAAAAUGAUACAGACACUUUUAAGUAUGAAAAUAAAAAAAAAAAGGAAAGUAAAAAUAAAUAUGAACAUAUAAAAAAACUUAUAAAAUAUAAAAAAGAAAAAGAAAAAAAGAAAAAUAAGAGGAAGAAAGAGAAAAAAAUGAAAAUGAAAAUAAAAAUGAGAAAAGAAUUAUAA